GUUUGAAGUAAGUUUAUUUAGUAAUUAGAAUGAUGGUGGUGUGGUUUGGCGUGUUGACACUGGUGGCUGCAGCUGAUGCUGAUGGUGUGGAAUCAUUUGCAAUAGCAGAUGCCACAUAUUGUUCAACGAAUGAAACCUUUGCCACUUGUAAAGUUGAUUGUCCAUCCGUGUACUGUCCAGUGAAUGAUGACAGAGCUAGAGUAGCUUGCGCCGUGGCCUAUCCGUGCCCGCCUGGUUGUAUCUGCAAUGCGAACUAUCGCAGACUGAGUCCAGCUGACGAUAAGUGCAUUUUGGCUUCCGACUGUCCCCCGGUGAAAUGUAAAAGACCUAACGAAAUAUGGAACUCCUGUCCGCCAAACUGCUUAACCGAGCGGUGCGACGACAUCGGCAGGAACCAAACGAGCUGUCCCCUGCCGCAGUAUUGCGAUCCCCAAUGCGUCUGCAAGCCAGGCUUCUACAGGAAUGACAGGGACAUAUGUGUCCCCGUUGCUGAAUGCCGAAAGUGCCCUGCUAACGCUAUUUUCAAAAAGUGCCCGUCUCCCUGCCCUGCUACAUGUGACAACCCUACAGGCGACAGGCCAUGCUCUAGAGCUUGUGAAGAGUACGGCUGUGAAUGUAAACCGGGCUAUGUCCUGUUUAAAGGAAAAUGUAUAUCACUGCAGAAGUGUCCAGCUGCCAAAUCCUGCCAAAAGAACGAAACGUUUGCCGCGUGUAAAGUGAACUGUCCAACUGACUUCUGUCCAGUGAAUGACAAUAGAGCAAGUGUAGCUUGUUCAGUGGUCUAUCCGUGUCCACCUGGUUGUAUCUGCAAAGCGAACCACCGCAGACUGAGUCAAGCUGAUGAUAAAUGUAUUCUGGCUUCAGAUUGUCCCCCGGUAAAAUGUAAAAGACCCAACGAGAUAUGGAACUCCUGCCCGCCAAAUUGUUUGGCCGAUAGAUGCGACGACAUCGACAGGAACCAAACGAGUUGUUCCCUGUCGCAGUAUUGCGAUCCCCAGUGCGUCUGCAAGCCAGGGUUUUACAGAAAUGACAGCGACAUUUGUGUUCCCGCUGCUGAAUGCCGAAAAUGCCCUGCUAACGCUAUUUUCAAAAAAUGCCCGUCGCCCUGUCCGGGCACAUGUGACAACCCUAGUGGCGAUAGACGGUGCGAAAGAGCAUGUCUUGAAUAUGGUUGUGAGUGUAAACCGGGUUAUGUUUUAUCUAAUGGAAAAUGUAUAUUGCUGAAGGAGUGCCCAGCUGCCAAAUUGUGUAAGAAGAACGAAACCUUCGCUGCGUGUAAAGCGGAGUGUCCGAAUAGUUAUUGUCCGGAGAAUGACAUAAGAGCGAUUAUAGCUUGUGAUCCUCCUUACCCAUGCCGAUCCGGUUGUAUCUGCCAAGCGAACCACCGGAGACUGCGUUCAAACAAUGAUAGAUGCAUUUUGGCAUCUGAUUGUCCUUCUUUAAAAUGUAAGAGACCUAAUGAAGAAUGGAAUCGUUGUCCAUCGAACUGCUUGGCCGAGAGAUGUGAAGACAUUUACAGAAAUCAAACAGAAUGUAAUAAGUCGUAUUCGUAUUGCGACCCCAAAUGUGUGUGCAAGCAAGGCUUCUACAGGAACAGCAGUGAUGUAUGUGUCCCCGCUGCGGAAUGUGCAAAAAAAUGUUCCAUAAAACCGGAAUGUAGACCUACGUGUGCUGUACCAAAUCCACCGAAUUGUACCUACACCCAACCAUCUGAUACAAAUAUCGACGGAUGUCAAUGUCAAGAAGGUUAUAUAUUGUCGAAAACAGAUGGCGAAUGUAUUAAAAUCGAACUUUGUCCAGCUAAUCUGGGAUGCAAUGGCGACCCUAAUGCUGUAGUGAGACAAUGUCCUUUACCAUGCCCUUCAACUUGCGAUGCGCCUAAUGCAACACCAUGUAAGAGAAAAUGUGAUAACGUUGGCUGCGAAUGCAGUUCUGGCUUUUUACUAUCGAAAACUAGCGGUAAAUGCAUUCGACCUGAGGAAUGUGAAGGUGGUAAUCCAUGCGGGCAAAACGAAAUCUUUGUGCAGUGUAAAUCAGACUGCGAUUACGACUACUGCCCAAAAGAUGAUAGUCUUCAACCGAUAGCUUGCGAGUACCCUCCGGCAGUCCCUUGCUAUUCUGGAUGUAUUUGUAAUUUGAACCACAAAAGAAAGAGCCGCGAAGACCAACGGUGCAUCGUUUCGUCUGAUUGCCCUCCUGUAAACUGCACACGAGAGCAUGAAGUUUGGAAUCCCUGUCCAUCUGAGUGUUCAUCAGGGUACUGCGAUUCCGUGGAUACAGCAGAUUACCCCUGCAAUACCCUGCUGUUAAACUGUCAGCCGCGUUGCACCUGUAUGAAGAAUUAUUUCAGAAACGCAUCUGACGUGUGCAUCAGCGCUGACGAGUGUCGUAAGAUUUAUCCGCAAAAUGAUACCACGCCAUCUUUACAAUGUGGGUUCAACGAAGUGCCCUCCGAUUGUAAAAUAGCCUGUCCGCCUCAAACUUGUGACAGCAUCUUCACAUCAUACGAUUGUCCAAAGAAUGCGUCGUGUGAGUUGGGAUGCAACUGUCUUGACGAACAUCUUAGGAAUGGGAGCGGAAUAUGCGUACCCAGCAAUGAAUGUUUUACGCAACCAUCAUGUCCCAUACCAAGCGAAUGCAGACGAACUUGUGCUGUCCCGAAUCCGCCAAAUUGUCCAGAAAAUAAACCUUCAGCCACGAAUGUGGACGGAUGCCAAUGCAAAUCUGGAUACGUUUUGAGUGAUACCGAAGGGGAAUGCAUCGAAGUUGAGAAGUGUCCAAGAAAUUUAAGUUGCAACGGGGACCCUCACGCCCUGAUUACGAAAUGCCCCUGGCCUUGUCCAUCGACCUGCGUCGCUCCAAACACCAUCCAGUGUAGGAAAGCAUGUCUGGAUGUCGGUUGUCAAUGCGAGCCUGGAUAUCUCCUGUCAAAAUUAAAUGGAAAAUGCAUUUUGCCGGAAGAAUGCCCGAAUGGAAAUCCUUGUGGUGAUAAUGGGUACUUCUCUGAUUGUGGAUUCAAAUGUCCAAAUCAGUAUUGCCCCGAAGACGAUAGCCUUGUAAAAUACGCUUGCAAGCCUGGCCGACCCUGCCCUCCUGGUUGUCGCUGUAAAGACAACUACAAAUUCAGAAGUUAUGAGAACGAAUCUUGCGUUCUUGCUAGAGAUUGUCCUCGUGUAAAUUGUACGCGGCCCAGCGAAGUAUGGAAGUCAUGUCCAUUGAUUGAGUACUGCAGGGACAUUGAUAGUGCAGUGUUGUGUUCCGAUACUUCAGAGAACGAUUGCCAACCAAGAUGCGUUUGUAUCGACGGCAACUACAGAGAUGAAAACGACAAUUGCGUUCCAGAAGAGGAAUGCAAGAAACAGGACAGCACUCGGAAAUAAUUUUAAUGGCCUUACUCGUAAUCUUACUUUUUACUUACGUAAGCGGUCUCUAUUUUUACUUGUAAAAACAUUCAAAGAUCUUGGCAUUUAUAAUAUUUUAAGGUAGGGUAUGCGGUUGGAGACAUGUUCUUUAGUCCAUACAUAGUGAGUAAUAAUAAGGUGUUAAGACCCAUAGUGGCCCACGUAAGUGUGCUACGUUCCGAGAACAGCCUGUGUAUUUCCGGUUUCAAAAGGCCGCCAUAAUUCUGUCGACUGUCGCGGGGUAAUCAUCUCUCGUCAGUCGACUUUCGAUUGGACCCCACUUCACUUACCAUCAGGUGUCGAGUUAUUUUGCCCUGUCCAUAUAAAAAAAAACAAGGCUUGGAUUGCAGACCACUUGUUAUGCCGAAACUUCAAAGAUUUAUUGCAACUUUUUCGCUAAAAAGAUCAAAAGACGGAUCAGAAACUAGACCUUUAUAACAGUAUUAACUGCCGUGCUAACCUCGAAAGCGGUAUCUCAAAAAUAAUCAAAAUCUUGAUGUUUACGUUGUCAGAUAGCUUACAGAAUUACUCACCCAAUGAACUUAUCUAAUUAACGGUAUCUUUAGAAUUUGUUAAAAAAACCUUAAAAGAUUUUCUCUAUCUCAGUUUUACAUACAAAACUAUAAAACUAUAUUUACAAAACUUCGAUUAUUUCGAAAUAAAGUUUUCCUGACAUAACGCUCUUGCGCUUAGCACGGCAGUAUAUAUUUGUAUCAUAAUCAGACUGCUGCCAUUGAAAGCAUAAAUAGCUCGGUCGGUGCAGUACCAAUUAUAAUUGCACAAUCUGUAUUAAAAAAAAUUCGUUUAUGAACAAAAACUUUUCCAGAAAUUUUAGAAAAUUGCAGUUGUUAGAGUUGACAAAUACAGUUCGUUAAAAGUUCUGAAGUAUUUUUCCAUUUUCGCCUCGUUACUUUUUUAAUUAAGAACUAGAAACCAGAAUUUAGGAUAACAAAAUAUUUAGUAAUAUUGAAAGUGGUUAAGCCACACCGUGGUCGUGCGUGUAUACAGCCAUAAUGAACUGGCUCGACCGGGGUAAAACCACGGUCUUCCAGAAGCUGCAAUAACAAAAUAUAUUUGUAAUAUUGAAAAUGGUAAAACCACUGUAGUCGUAUGUGUAUACAGCCAUAAUGAAACGGCUCGACCGGGGUAACACCACGGUCUUGCCAAAACCCGUGGGAAGUGUCAGUUUGUUGUUGCAUUUCGUAUUGGGUCCUUGGAACCCAAAUAUCAGUCUCCCUUCUUUAAUCCUUAUUCUUUUCUUUUAAAGCAGGUAACGCAUAUAUAAUUCUUAAGAAUUGUGAGUAUUUAUGGAUCAUAGAGGUUGCGUAAUAUCAGGUAUGAGGUAACUCACUUGUUAGUUGGCGUAGAAAUAAAAAAAAUAUUGUAUAGAAAUGUGAUGUAAAAUCAAUGAAUUCGAACUAACGUUUUUGACUGAAUAGCUAGCCAUUAGAAGAAUUAUAUUAUUUUUAUGUCAUUAAUAUAAUAUAGGAAAUUGCAAAUA